CACACAGAGCUCAUUUGCUGUAGUUGUACUGCUUCACUCUCUCACUGCCAUGGCCGGAGUAGCGCUGCUGUUCCCGGCUGCAGCCGUCGCGAUGGUCGCCUGCGUCGCCGCCGGUGGCGCCGGCGCGUCGGCGUCGACGCCAGCAGGCCGCGUGUUCAUCGUCGGCGGCGGGCCGAGGGGCUGGAGCCAGCCAACCCCCAGCGACGAGACGUACAACCACUGGGCCGCCAAGAACCGCUUCCACGUCGGUGACUUCCUCGAUUUCAACUACGUCAAGAACGACUCCGUGCUGCUCGUGUCGCGCGACGACUACAAGCUCUGCAACGCCAGCAGGCCGGAGCAGCGGUUCGACGCCGGCGGCGCCCUGAGGUUCCGCCUCGACCGGAACGGCGACUUCUACUUCAUCAGCGGCGCGCCGGGCCACUGCGACGCCGGCCAGAGGAUGACCCUCCGCGUCAUGUCCCAGCACGACGGCGACAAUAAGGCCGGUGGCGACGCCCCGGCUGCCGCGCCGGCCCCCGGCGACGACGAGGACGACAGUGGCGGGUCGUUCUCGUCCCGCACUCCCGGCUCCGGCUGGUCGUCGUCGUCGCCUCCGACGCAGCCUCAUGGGAAGAGCAGCGCCGCCGCCGCCGCCGUCUCGCCGUCGCGCGGUGGUGGACACCACGCCGCGAGGGUUGCCGCCGCCGCCGCCGUGCUGCUCGUCUUCGCUUGAGACGAUGCCACGUGGCACAUCGUGUGCUGCUUAAUUAACCUACGUCGUAUUAGGCUUAAUUAAUUAAUUAAUUAGCUAGGCUGGUGGUGUAAUUAGUCGUGUGCUGCUUUAACCUAUCCUAUCGUAUUAUCUAGACUCGUGAUGUAAUUUACUCGCUGUUAGUAAUGUUAAACUUGCAAUUAGUUACGUUAAUUACUUAUACGUGUUCUUGCUCAAUUUACGUACUUGUGAAAUCCGCCUUCCGAAUCUGGACAUG